GUAAUUGUACUAUAUUAUCUUCUUCCGGAAUGUUUAAGUAUUUUUCUUUUUCCGGAAUUUUCAAAAUUGUGUUUUUCCUUUCCAGAAUCGUGUAUUUUUAUUAAUUUUCCGGAACAUUAUCUUUCCGGAAUUGUAUUUUUGCUUCAAUUUUUCACUCUUUCCGGACUGUGUUUUAUUCUUUCCUUAAUAGUAUUUUCUUUCGGAACAUGCGUUUCAUUCUUUUAGUUCUUCCUAUAUUUUUUGUUUCCCCCAUCUUGACCAGUAGAAAUGUCAAUUACGACUAUCAACUUUAUGAGGAUUUAAUGUAUUUUUACAACAAAAAUGUGCGCCCUGUUAAAAACAGUACUCAACCUUUGGAUGUCAAAUUUGGUGCUAGUUUAAUCCGUAUUAUUGAUGUGGUGGGUUUUUUUUAA